CUUGGCAUUACACAGAUUCGCAUAUGUGCAUCAGGAAUCUACGAAAACGGAUUGAGCUUUCAAGUAUUACCGCGCUUACCUCGAGCGGGUUAUGCAAAAAGGAAUACAGGAACACCGUUCAGAACAAGUGCAGGUCUUUGCUAACAAGACGUUGGUUUUCAGUCGCGUAUAGCUUUCGGCGUAAGAAACACCAAUUGGCGGUGAUCCUGUUCGUUGGAGUAAGUGGAGAUAAAAAUUCCUGAAAGAGAUACUUUGCGCUCCAUAUAGCAGUGACCUAGAUACCAAUUAAUCGCAAGUGACUUUGGAAGCAACUUGUUAGGGCUCGAUUCUGAAAAAAUUAUUCCUUGGAUAUUACAAUUGACUUGAUAUAUCUGAGUUGGAUUUGAUAAAAAAAUUGUGUUUUGAAUAGUUGAUUUUUAAAUAUGGGUCAAGGAGAGAGUACGCUGACCCAUGAAUCAUUAAGCGAACUAAAAUUGAUUGAAGAUGAUGACAUGAACGUACAAGUAACAAUUAAUAAUAUAAUGUAUAAAGUUUCCCCGGAAGUACCAUCGGGAACCUCAUUAAAUACUUUUAUACGAGAUUAUGCAAAACUUAAGGGAACUAAAGCAAUGUGUCAUGAAGGAGGAUGCGGUUCUUGUAUUGUAGCUGCAGAAAUGAACGGACAUUUAAUGUCUGUAAAUUCUUGUCUCGUUCCAAUAUUCAUCUGCGAUGGGUGGAAAAUUACAACGAUAGAAGGAUUAGGAAAUAAACAAGUCGGCUACCACACUUUGCAGGCAGCUUUGGCCGAGAUGAAUGGAUCUCAGUGUGGUUUUUGUUCAGGGGGAUGGAUAAUGAACAUGCAUAGCUUAAUUCAAAAUGGCAAAAUGACUAUGAAGGAAAUUGAGAAUUCUUUCGCGAGUAAUAUUUGUCGUUGUACUGGCUAUAGGCCCAUUUUAGAUACUUUCAAAAGCUUUGCAAGCGAUGCGCCACCUGCGAUGAAAGAUCAAAUCAAAGAUAUCGAGGAUCUGCACAACGUAAGAAAAUCAUGUACCAAUUGUCCAAAAAAGACAUGCAAAGGUACUUGUCAAGAUUUAGAAAUCAUUUACAAAUCCAGCAUUCCAAGAUCUUUAGAAUUAGAGUUGCACGAUUCUGUAAAAUUUCAUAAGGUUCUAGAUAUAGAAGGUAUAUUUGCUGUAUUUGAAAAACAUCCAAAUUCAACUUAUGUAAUGAACGGAGGCAAUACCGCUCAUGGUGUCUACCGUCUCAAAAAGCGACAGGUGUACAUUGAUAUUAACAAUGUGGCAGAUCUGCAUAAAAUCGAAAAGACGAAAGAAAGCUUAAUCUUGGGUGCUAAUGUCACUCUAUCUAUGAUGAAAGCUACUUGUGAGAAAUAUAUGACUGAGCCUGGAUUCGAGUAUCUUAAGAAACUGGCUAGACACAUUGAUCUUGUUGCAAGCAUACCUAUAAGAAAUAUUGGAACUAUAGCAGGCAAUUUGAUGAUCAAAAAUCAAUAUCAUGAAUUUCCAUCGGAUAUCUUUUUAAUACUAGAAACUGCCGGAGCACAAGUCCAUGUUUUGGAUUUACCAGGCUCUAAAAACAGCCUAAACCUACGAGAAUUCCUGCAAAUAAAAAUGAACAAAAAAAUAUUGUACAGCAUCGUCAUCCCAGCUUUAGGUAAAGAAUACAUGUAUAAAAGUUACAAGGUUAUGCCUAGAGCGCAAAAUGCCCAUGCCCUCGUUAAUGCUGGCUUUCUUUUUAAACUGGAUAAUACAGGGAAAGUGUUAGAAAAGCCAAACAUAUUGUUCGGUGGAAUCAGACCAGAUUUCCUCCACGCAUCAAAUACAGAACAAUAUUUACUAGACAAAAAUCUUUUCAAUGCGAAAGUUAUGGAAAAGGCUCUUAGCACUCUCUAUUCAGAGCUUAACCCUGAUCACGUUUUACCAGAUUAUUCACCGGAAUUUCGGAGGCUUCUUGCUGUUGGUUUGCUUUACAAGUACAUUUUGAACCUGAAUCCAAAUAAAGCAAGCCCUAGAAUAAAAAGUGGUGGUACAUUAUUACAACGAGAACUGUCAUCUGGAAAACAAGAAUUUAAUACAGAUCGUACAACGUGGCCUGUAAAUGAGCCUAUAAACAAAAUAGGAGCGAUACAUCAAACGUCAGGAGAGGGCGAAUACAUUAAUGACAUUAUAAUCAGAAAUGAUGAAGUCUUCUGUGCACUCACACUAGCAGAAGCUCCUGGAACAAUUGAAAAAAUCGAUUUUGAAGGAACCAUGGAGAUAGAUGGCGUAAUAGCUUAUUUUACUGCAAAGGAUAUUCCGGGAAAAAAUACGUUCAUCAAUUCUAUGCACAAGUAUUUAUUUUUGGAAAUAGACGAAGAACUUUUUGCUGAUAAAGAAGUAAUGUACGCUGGCCAGCCUUAUGGAAUGAUAGUUGCAAAAACUCAGAACAUAGCUCAAUAUGCAGCUUCUAAGGUGAAAAUCGUGUAUCCCAAUGGUCCGAGGAGAAAACCCAUGAUUACCGUACACGACGUAAUAGCCAGUAACGAUAAAACGCGGAUAAUGAAAGUAGUGGAUUGGCCUGCAAAGCAACCAGCGGGCAACGAUGUAAAACAUAAAAUAGAGGGGACGGUCCAGUGCGGACCACAGUACCACUUUUCCAUGGAGACUCAGACAUGCGUAUGUGUACCUAUUGAGGAUGGCAUGGACGUUUACUCGUCCACACAGUGGAUGGACCUGAAUCAAACGAAUAUCGCUGCAGUACUCGCGGUUCCUAUAAACAGUAUAAACCUCAAAGUCAGAAGACUCGGUGGCUCGUACGGAUGCAAAAUAUCUCGUUCUUGUCUAGCAGCAUGCGCUUGUGCUCUCGCUUGUCACAAGCUCAAUCGACCAGCUCGGUUGGUAAUGUCCAUCGAAGACAACAUGCGUUCAAUCGGCAAGCGUGUGCCUGCUUACAUGGAAUACGAAGUGAGCACUAACGAUGAGGGCAAAAUUCAACAACUCAAUGGAACUUAUUACGGAAACGUUGGCUGUUCGUUUAAUGAAACGCACUCCAUAGUUGCGAUCUAUCAUUUUUACAACUGUUACGAUCCUGCGAGCUGGAACAUGAUCGGUAACGACGUUAAGACUGAUUUGCCGUCAAACACGUGGUGCAGAGCUCCUGGCGCUGCUGAAGGAGUGGCAAUGGUAGAGCAAAUUAUGGAAAAAAUUGCUAGGAUAACUGGAAAAGAUCCACUUGAUAUCCGAAUGAUUAACAUGAACGAUGCUGAUAAAGCAAUUUUGACACCUAUGAUUGACGAACUGAAGAAAUCUUCAGAUUAUGAAAAGAGAGUGAAAGAUGUUGAUAAAUUCAAUAGCGAAAAUCGCUGGAAAAAGCGGGGAAUUUCAUUGGUACCAAUGAAAUAUCCAUUCUCCGUUUACGGACAGUUUCAUUCAUUGGUUUCUAUCUAUGCACGAGAUGGUACCGUUUCAAUUUCGCAUGCUGGUAUUGAAAUGGGUCAAGGACUUCACACGAAGGUUGCCCAAGUAGCAGCAUAUACUUUGGGAAUCGACUUAAAAAUGAUAAGCGUCAAACCAAGUACUAACUUAACUACGCCGAAUAGCUAUGUCACUGGUGGUAGCCUUGGAAGCGAUGUUUGCGGAUAUGCUACGCAACAAGCAUGCAAAAUACUUUUGGAAAGACUCAAGCCGAUCAAGGAAAUGCUAGGGGGAAAUCCCUCGUGGCAGGAAUUAAUACUAACAGCCCAUGCUAAAAAUGUCGAUUUGUGCGCUUCGUUUAUGUUCACAGCGGAGCAAGAUAUCAAGUCAUAUCCAGUCUAUGGGGCAACGGUAUCCGAGGUCGAGAUUGACGUACUAACGGGUCAGCAUUUGAUUCGUAGAGUGGAUAUCUUGGAAGAUACAGGAGUAAGCUUGAGUCCGAAAAUUGACAUUGGUCAAGUGGAAGGGGCGUUUAUCAUGGGGAUCGGUUAUUGGACCUGUGAAGACUUAAUUUACGACCCCGAGACCGGAGCUUUGACUAAUUACAGAACUUGGAAUUACAAAGUGCCGGGGGCAAAGGACAUACCUAUAGAUUUCAGAGUUUCAUUUGGACGCAACACGCCAAAUCCUCUUGGAAUUCUUCGAUCAAAGACAACUGGUGAACCACCUUUUUGUAUGAGCUGCUCCGUUCCCAUUGCGAUACGUCAUGCUAUAGAUUCUGCUCGAGCAGACGCUGGAAAUAAAGACCACUGGUACCAGUUAGAUAACGCAGUUACUGUAGAGAAGAUUUUACUCAACUGUCUUACUUCAGUGGACGCAAUGAUGUUUUAGAAAUUAUUUAAUUUACCAAUUUUCUUUUUUUAACAGAUAUUUACGGGAAUAACAUUAAUGAUGUACAUUUAAUAAAGUAUUAUUUAUAAAUGAU